AUGAUGGAGCUGUGGACUGGAGAGGUUCCUGUAAGGUGUCAGGAUGUGGCGGUCUAUUUCUCCAUGGAGGAGUGGGAGUAUAUAGAAGGACACAAGGAUCUGUACAAGGAGGCCAUGAUGGAGGCUCCCCGGCCUCUGACAUCACCAGAUGCACUCAGAGAAAGAAAUCCCCCCGAGAGAUGUUCCCGUCCUCUGUAUUCCCAGGACUGUCCAGAGGAGAAGCUCCCAGAGAACCAUCAGGAUGAAAAUCUGAUUGUUAUUAAGGUUGAGGUUAUGGAAGAAGCAGAAGUGAAGACGGAUUUAUGGGGCGAUCAUCAGUAUGAACUCAUAGAAAGAAAUCCCCCCGAUAGAUGUCCCCGUCCUCUGUAUUCCCAGGACUGUCCAGAGGAGAAGCUCCCAGAGAACCAUCAGGAUGAAAAUCUGAUGGAUAUUAAGGUUGAGGUUAAAGAAGAAGAGGAGAUGGAUUUAUGGGGCGAUCAUCAGUAUGGACUCAUAGAAAGAAAUCCCCCCAAGAGAUGUCCCCGUCCUCUGUAUUCCCAGGACUGUCCAGAGGAGAAGCUCCCAGAGAACCAUCAGGAUGAAAAUCUGAUUGAUAUUAAGGUUGAGGUUAUAGAUGAUGAUGAAGAGGAGAUGGAUUUAUGGGGCGAUCAUCAGUAUGGAAUCAUAGAAAGAAAUCCCCCCGAGAGAUGUCCCCGUCCUCUGUAUUCCCAGGACUGUCCAGAGGAGAAGCUCCCAGAGAAGCAUCAGGAUGAAAAUCUGAUUGAUAUUAAGGUUGAGGUUAAAGAUGAUGAUGAAGAGGAGAUGGAUUUAUGGGGCGAUCAUCAGUAUGGAAUCAUAGAAAGAAAUCCCCCCAAGAGAUGUCCCUGUCCUCUGUAUUCCCAGGACUGUCCAGAGGAGAAGCUCCCAGAGAACCAUCAGAUGACAAAUCAGGGGGAAGAUCUGACUGAUAUUAAAGUGAAGGAUGAGGAAGAGCUGAUGAUGGGCGAUCCCCCGUUAUUCAUAGGUCGACUCGAGAGGAUUCACCCGCCAUUUCUCAUAGCGUUUUUGAAUAUUUUUCAGUAA